CACAAUUUCACGUUUUUCAAUGAAUACAAGCUUAUUCUACUCGUACAAAUAAGAUUUUUUGAUAAAGAGUGAAUUCUUUUAUCAAUAAAUUUUAUUGGUAAGAGCAGAUUUCGCCAUCCCCUUUGGGCCCUUUUCACAUGUUUGGCGAGAGUUCUCUUUUUGCAUAUGUUCGCAAUCGCGCUCGCGCAGCGUACGGUUCGAAAUCUCGUCGGGUGCAUAUAUUUUACAUAAAGUCGUAUUUCAACUGCUCUUUGCUGUUUUGUGAAUAACGUGAAGUUUCUCUUUCUGAUUCAAUCUUACAAUAAACGUUAGGGCAGCAACAUUGUUCUUUUCGUGAGACAUUUUGACUGUUCCCAUACAGAACCUGUAUUUAUUGGAGUGUGAAAUCGAGUGCACUGUUAUUUGAGCCGCAUGUUAUUUUCGUGACUCAAUUCAUUAGCAUUAUUAGCUAUAAUUUGCGUAUGUACACAUCGGUGAAUGUAGCACCGCUAACCUUUCUCCUAUUGACUCGUAGAACAGUAAUGUUAAUGUUACACAUCAUCGGUUCGGUAGUGUUCCUAACGCAAAGUAGUGAUGGCUCUCAUUGAUGUCCUCUUCAGCUUGCUCCCUUUGUGCGUUCGAUGUUUAAAAGAAUGCGUAUGAAGAAAAAGCUAACAUUUUGCUGCCCAAUUUUCGUUUUUAUUGCGACCAAGGUAGGAGUGAUUGAAGAAAAGGAUUGAAUCGGAUUACAGUCCGAAAGCUGGCAGCUCAUCUUACAGUAUAUGUUUAAAAUGAUUCGUCGGUUAUUCAGCACCUUUAUAACGGAUUGUCCACCGACGGGAGAGUUUCUUCCUACGGCCUCAUCGAACAGCAGUUCGCAAGCAACUGGUAGUAGUCCAAGUUCUAUUACUUUUCGAUCAAGGCAUCUGGAUUCUCUCAACUGGUUAUACACGGUUUCACCUUGUUUUCCGCUAUCCGGCAAUCAAGUCGAUAUAAUCUAUGAUCCAGAUACCUUCUACAAUAUUUUAGUAUCAAAAUGUGCAACUGCCAAAAGAAGAAUUAUGCUAGCAAGUCUCUAUCUGGGUGUUGGCAAGUUAGAGAACCGCUUGGUAGAUGUCAUUCAUGAUAGCAUGCGCGAAAAUUUACAACUGAAGGUAGACGUUCUGCUGGAUUUCUCUCGUGGUACGCGUGGAGAAAAAAAUUCCAAGUCUCUCUUGAUGCCACUGUUACGGGAAAGUGAUAAUUUCCGAUUAUCUUUAUAUCAUACGCCGGUAUUGAGAGGCCUUACUAAACGACUUGCUCCACCGCGAUGGAAUGAACUGCUUGGUAUUCAGCACAUGAAACUGUAUCUGGUUGACGAUACGAUUAUACUGAGUGGCGCAAAUCUUUCGAAUGACUAUUUCACCAACCGUCAAGAUCGUUACGUAAUGAUUGAAGAUCAUAGUUUGGCCGACUUCUACGCCAACUUUAUUGGAAAAGUGCAAGAGUUCAGUCUCAAAGUGAAUCGAAAUGGAGAAACAAAAUUACACGAAAAUUGGAAUAUGUUACCAUAUAAGUGCACACAAAUGGAUUUUGCUGCCGAAGCCAAGGACCGAAUUCGAAGUUACUUUAAAGGAACACUAGAACAACAGCGGACUGUUUGUGAAAAUGACACUGGUGCAGAUACGUGGGUGUUUCCACUAAUAGAGAUGGGACAAUUAGAGAUUCACCAUGAUAGUCUAAUCACUAAAAAUCUUCUUUCAAAUUGUUUGAAAGGCUCACAACUAAAAUUAGCUACGGGUUACUUUAACUUAACGGAAACCUACAUGAAAACCAUAACAAACGAUUGUGAAGCAGAGUGCAACAUACUUAUGGCACACCCGAAUGCAAACGGGUUUUUGGGAGCCAAGGGGCCGGCCGGUGGUAUCCCUGCAGCGUAUUCACUCAUCGCUAGAAAGUUUCAUGAAAAUCUCAAAGCAUCAAAUCAACAGCAUCGCGUAUCUCUGAUGGAAUACGAGCGACCCGGCUGGACCUACCAUGCAAAAGGGCUAUGGUAUUACUUACCGGGAUCUUGUCUACCGGAUUUGACAUUAUUCGGUUCGUCUAAUUUUGGCGAACGGUCUGUGAAUCGAGACCUGGAAGCGCAAAUAUGUAUGGUGACCAUGAACAAGAACCUGCAACGAAAGCUCCAAACGGAAUAUGAAAACAUUUUGCAACAUUCGUCAAAGGCUGAAGCAGAACUAUUGGCUCGACCUGUGCCGCGUUGGGUCCGAGCAAUUGUCGGUCUAUUUAGAAAUUUUUUCUAACUCUUUUCGUUACUAACUGUAAGACGUUAUUUAUUGUAAAGUUCUAGAUAAUUAAUUCAAACCAAAAAAUAGAGCCACGCUGAACAUACAUUACAAUCUAGUUACUCGAAGCAUUAGCUGUAUUCCGUGUUAUUGUUUUUAGAUACCAAGAAUAUGAUCAAAAGUUGACGCACAAUUAUCGUCAAUGUGAUUGAAGUCAGCGCUAGUCUUUAUAACAGUCAAGAAACCGAAAAAAAACAACAGAUUUUACGAAUAUAUGUUGAAGUUUAUUACCGCA